AUAUAUAUAUAUCAAAACCUCAAACCCUAGUAGACUCUGUUUUCGGCCCGUCUCCGAAGAUUCACGUGAGGAUUGUCAAGGAAAAUCGCCAUUGGAGCUGAUUGGUGAUGGCUCCGAAGCAACCUAACACUGGCCUCUUUGUGGGUCUCAACAAAGGGCAUAUUGUAACCAAGAAGGAAUUGGCUCCACGACCUUCAGAUAGAAAGGGGAAAACAAGUAAAAGAAUCCAUUUUGUGAGAAGCCUCAUCAGGGAGGUUGCUGGUUUUGCUCCAUAUGAGAAGAGAAUCACUGAACUUCUUAAAGUUGGAAAAGAUAAGCGAGCACUGAAAGUGGCAAAGAGAAAGCUGGGCACGCAUAAGAGGGCAAAGAAGAAGCGUGAGGAGAUGUCCAAUGUACUCCGCAAGAUGAGGUCCGGUGGAGGUGGUGAGAAGAAGAAGUGAGCUGUUGCAAGUAGAUCUCCUCUUAGAGUUUACUGGCAAAACAGAUUAAAAAAUAGAGUUUGUUUAGCUUGUAUGUCUUUCUUCGAAAACAAGUGCUUCAAAUGUUGCAAUUUGGGCUCCCAGCGGAGACUAUUUAAGUUUAAGACAGGUACUUCGUGCCAUUUCCUUCCAUGCCGAAUCUCUUUCUUUUUGUCAUUGAACCUCAUUGUUUUUUCAUAAAUGGUUUUUUCUCUA